AGAACUCCUGCCUGGAAAUGCUGACCACGGGCCUCCUAACAGCGGAGCCCCACUGAACACCAAGAAAACUCAUGGCUCUGGCUGCAUCUUUCAACAUGACGGAUCCACAGCCUGCCCGCAAAGGAGGGAUUUCUGAAGUGGAGGUGAUCUCCCAACAAGUAGACGAGGAGGCCCGGAGCAUUGCCCCCGUGCCACUGGUCAACUUUGCCUGUCGGGACUUGCCCCUGGCUGCCGUGGACCUCUCCUCAGCCGGCUCGCAGCUCCUGUCAAACCUGGAUGAAGAUUACCAAAGAGAAGGGUCAUCCUGGCUGAAGCCGUGCUGCGGGAAGAGGGCGGCCGUGGCGCAGGUGUUUUUGCUCAGUGCGAGCGUCAACAGUGUCCUGGUGGCCUGUGUGGUGUUGGUGGUGCUCCUCCUGGCCCUGGAACUGCUGAUAGAUAUGAAGCUCCUCCAGUUCUCCAGCGCCUUCCAGUUUGCCAGCGUCAUCCACUGGAUCAGCCUCGCCAUUCUGUCCGUCUUCUUCUCUGAGACUGUUCUGCGGAUUGUGGUGCUUGGGAUCUGGGAUUACAUUGAAAACAAAAUAGAGGUAUUUGACGGUGCAGUCAUUAUUCUGUCCCUGGCGCCCAUGGUAGCAUCCACCGUGGCCAACGGGCCCCGGAGCCCCUGGGAUGCCAUCAGCCUCAUCAUCAUGCUUCGGAUGUGGCGAGUGAAGAGAGUCAUUGACGCCUACGUCCUACCUGUGAAGGUGGAGAUGGAGAUGGUCAUCCAGCAGUACGAGAAGGCCAAGGUCAUCCAGGACGAGCAGCUGGAGAGGCUGACACAGAUCUGCCAGGAGCAAGGGUUCGAGAUCCGGCAGCUGCGGGCGCACCUGGCGCAGCAGGACCUGGACCUGGCGGCCGAGCGGGAGGCGGCGCUGCAGGCCCCGCACGUGCUCCGCCAGCCGCGCGGCCGCUACUCGGUGCUGGAGGCCGGCGCGUGGGCCGAGGAGUCGGCGGCCGGGAGCGUCGAGGAGGAGCUGCAGCCCGCGCAAGACACCACGGUGCAAGAUGACAUGAACAGCUACAUCAGCCAGUACUACAACGGACCCAGUAGUGACAGCGGCGUCCCCGAGCAGGCCGCCUGCAUGGUCACCACGGCGGCCAUCGACAUCCACCAGCCCAACAUCUCCUCCGACCUCUUCUCCCUCGACGUGCCCCUGAAGCUGGGCGGCGAGGACACCCGGGCCAGCUCGGACAGCGCCUCCUUCCCGGCGCACAGCCCGGCCACGGCGGCCCCAAGCGCCAGCAGCCAGACGCCGGGCUCGCCCUCAGACUGCAGCACGGGCCCCCGCGAGGAGCCGUGGUCGGAGCCCUCGGGCGAGGCCCAGGCCCAGGACCUUCUCUCCUCCCUCUCGGAGGACCCCUGCCCGACCCCCCGGGCCUCGGACCCAGCCCCGCCGGGCUCGCCACAGCAGCCCAGCCCCGAGCUGGAGCCGCGGGUGGGGCUGCUCAACCAGAAAAACCAGGAGCCCUUCUCCGUCUUUCAGAUCAAGCCCGUCAUCCACUUCCAGCCCCCCGUGUCCAUGCUGGAGGAGAAGUUCAGAUCUUUGGAAUCCAAAGAGCAGAAGUUGCACAGGGUCCCCGAGGCCUAGAGGCCGUCCCCCCGCC